GCCCUACUACGGGUGUCGGUCCCCAGCAGGAGAGCAAGUUCGUGGGGACCCUUUCCUUUGCUGCUCAGGAGUCCGCCUUGCAGGGACGGCCAGCCCCGGGGAGGGCAGCGGGCCAGGGCGUAGGCCGAGGGCGCGUGGUGGCUCCGGGGACGAGGUGCGGAGCGCGGCCGGGACCCGCGCUGUAGAGUGUGCAGCCCCGAGCAGAGAGCCCUCGGCGAUCGCGGGCUGGAGUCCCCAGUCCUCCGCCUCUCUCGUGAGGACCGUGUCCUGGCUCUGAGUCUAUCGAGGAAAAAAUGAAGUUAAGUCGCCAGUUCACCGUGUUCGGCAGCGCGAUCUUCUGCGUCGUCAUUUUCUCACUCUACCUGAUGCUGGACAGGGGUCACUUGGACUACCCUCGGGGCCCGCGCCGGGAGGGCUCCUUCCCGCAGGGCCAGCUUUCCAUAUUGCAAGAGAAGAUAGACCAUCUGGAGCGUUUGCUGGCGGAAAACAACGAGAUCAUCUCCAAUAUCAGAGACUCGGUCAUCAACCUGAGCGAGUCUGUGGAAGACGGUCCGAAAGGUUCCCCGGGCAAUGGCAGCCAAGGCUCGGCACACCUCCUCUCCUCACAGUCCGCCCUGCAGGUUGACCCCAAGGACUGUCUGUUUGCCUCCCAGAGCGGAAGUCAGCGUCGGGAUGUGCAGAUGUUGGAUGUUUAUGAGCUGAUUCCUUUUGAUAACCCCGAUGGUGGAGUUUGGAAGCAAGGAUUUGACAUUAAGUAUGAGGCUGAUGAGUGGGACAGUGAACCCCUUCAAGUGUUUGUGGUGCCUCACUCCCAUAAUGACCCAGGUUGGUUGAAGACUUUCAAUGACUACUUUAGAGACAAGACUCAGUAUAUUUUUAAUAACAUGGUCCUAAAGCUGAAAGAAGACUCAAGCAGGAAGUUUAUAUGGUCUGAGAUCUCUUACCUUUCAAAAUGGUGGGAUAUCAUAGAUAAUCCGAAGAAGGAAGCUGUUAAAAGUUUACUGCAGAGUGGUCAGCUCGAGAUCGUGACAGGUGGCUGGGUUAUGCCUGACGAAGCCACAGCACAUUAUUUUGCCUUAAUUGACCAACUGAUUGAAGGGCAUCAAUGGCUGGAAAGAAAUCUAGGAGUGAAACCUCGUUCAGGUUGGGCCAUAGAUCCUUUUGGACAUUCACCCACAAUGGCUUAUCUUCUGAAACGUGCUGGAUUUUCACACAUGCUCAUCCAGAGGGUCCAUUAUUCAGUGAAAAAACACUUCUCUUUGGAAAAAACGUUGGAAUUUUUUUGGAGACAGAAUUGGGAUCUUGGAUCUGUCACAGACAUUUUGUGCCACAUGAUGCCCUUCUACAGCUAUGAUAUCCCUCACACUUGUGGACCUGACCCUAAAAUAUGCUGCCAGUUUGAUUUUAAACGGCUUCCUGGAGGCAGAUAUGGUUGUCCCUGGGGAGUCCCACCAGAAGCAAUAUCUCCUGGAAAUGUGCAAAGCAGGGCUCAAAUGCUGCUAGAUCAGUACCGGAAAAAGUCCAAACUUUUCCGAACUAAAGUCCUCCUGGCUCCCCUGGGCGACGACUUCCGGUACAGUGAAUACACAGAGUGGGAUCUGCAGUAUAGAAAUUAUGAGCAGCUAUUCAGUUACAUGAAUUCUCAGCCCCAGCUUAAAGUGAAGAUUCAGUUUGGAACUUUGUCUGAUUAUUUUGAUGCACUGGAAAAAGCAGGGGCAAAGGAGAAGAAGGGUGGCCAGUCCCUGUUCCCUGUCGUGAGUGGAGACUUCUUCACCUACGCUGACCGGGAUGAUCAUUAUUGGAGCGGCUACUUCACAUCCAGACCUUUCUACAAACGAAUGGAUCGAAUCGUGGAAUCGCGUUUAAGGACUGCUGAAAUUCUUUACUAUUUGGCCUUGAAGCAAGCUCAGAAGUACAAGAUAAAUAAGUUUCUCUCAUCACCGCACUACACAACACUGACAGAAGCCAGAAGGAACUUAGGACUAUUUCAGCAUCAUGAUGCCAUCACAGGAACCUCGAAAGACUGGGUGGUUGUGGAUUAUGGUACCAGACUCUUCCAGUCAUUAAAUUUUUUGGAGAAGAUAAUUGGGGAUUCUGCGUUUCUUCUCAUUUUAAAGGACAAAAAGAUGUACCAGUCUUACCCUUCUGAGACCUUCUUAGAGAUGGAUAUGAAGCAAAGUUCACAAGAUUCUCUGCCAACAAAAACCGUAAUAGAACUGAGUGCAAAGGAGCCAAGGAAGACAUUUUGGAGCAGAGCAGGCAAGCUGAGCUCUGGAAAACAGCGUCAUCUGUCUAACACCGCAUACCCCAGGUACCUCGUGGUCUACAACCCUUUUGAACAAGAGCGGGACGCAGUGGUGUCCAUCUGUGUGAACUCCGCUACUGUGAAAGUGUUAUCUGAUUCCGGAAAGCCUGUGGAGGUCCAAGUCAGUGCAGUCUGGAAUAACGCGAGAACGAUUUCACAAACAGCCUAUGAGGUUUCCUUUCUGGCUCAUACACCACCACUGGGAAUGAAAGUGUAUAAGAUCUUAGAAUCACAGAGUCCAAGUUCACACAUGGCUGAUUACGUCCUGUAUAAUGAUGUACUAACAGAAAAUGGAAUAUUCCACGUGAAGAACAUGAUAGAUGGGAAGGAUGCCAUAACUAUAGAGAACCCCUUCCUUGCAGUCUGGUUUGACCGAUCUGGGCUUAUGGAGAAAGUGAGAAUGAAAGAGGACGGUAAACACCAUGAAAUAAAGGUGCAGUUUUUGUGGUAUGGAACCACAAACAAGAGAGACAAAAGUGGCGCCUAUCUCUUCUUGCCUGAUGGGCAGGGCCAGCCAUAUGUUUCUCAACGGCCACCCCUUGUCAGAGUGACACGUGGAAGGCUCUAUUCAGAAGUGACCUGCUUCUUGGAACACGUGAUUCAUAAAGUCCGACUAUACAACAUACAAGGAAUAGAAGGACAGUCAAUGGAAGUUUCUAAUAUUGUGAACAUUGAAAAUGUGCAUAACCGUGAGAUUGUAAUGAGAAUUUCAUCUAAAAUAAACAACCACAAUAGAUUUUAUACUGACCUAAAUGGAUACCAGAUCCAGCCUAGAAGGACAAUGAGCAAAUUGCCUCUUCAAGCCAAUGUUUACCCAAUGAGUACGAUGGCCUACAUCCAGGAUGCCGAGCACCGGCUCACACUGCUCGCCGCUCAGUCUUUAGGCACUGCCAGCAUGGCUUCCGGUCAAAUUGAAGUCUUCAUGGAUCGAAGACUCAUGCAAGAUGAUAACCGUGGCCUUGGGCAAGGUGUACAUGACAAUAAGAUUACAGCUAAUUUGUUUCGAAUCCUGCUGGAGAAGAGAAAUGGUGUAAACAUGGAAGAAGACAAGAAGAGUCCAGUCAGUUAUCCUUCCCUCCUCAGCCACAUGACUUCGUCCUUCCUCAACCAUCCGUUCCUCCCCAUGAUAGUCAACGCCAAGCUCUCCUCCCCUGCUGUUGAACUGCUGAGUGAACUGGCGCUGCUUCAGUCAUCUUUGCCUUGUGACAUCCAUCUGGUUAACCUACGCACAAUACAGACAAAGAUGGGCAAAGGCUAUUCCGAUGAGGCAGCCUUGAUCCUCCACAGGAAAGGAUUUGAUUGCCAGUUCUCCAGUAGAGGCACGGGGCUUUCCUGUUCUACUACUCAGGGAAAGAUGUCAGUCCCCAAACUUUUCAACAAGUUUGCUGUGGAAAGCCUCGUCCCUUCCUCCCUGUCCUUGAUGCACUGGCCUCCAGGUGCCCAGAAUGUGAGUGAGAUCAACUUGAGUCCCAUGGAAAUCAGCACAUUCCGGAUCCGCCUGAGGUGAAACCGACUUCCUUCGGUUUGGAGUGGAGAAGCUCUGGCUUUGUUACCCUCCUGGUUUUUACGUGCAAUAACUAAGCACAUUACUUUAGCUUCUGGCUACUGGGAGAACAUGAAUUCUGUGAUUUUUUUUUAAACUAGUCUAAUAAGAAAAGAAGAAAAAGCCAUGCUUUCAAAAGGUUUCUUUUCCUGAGUUUGUCCCACAAACUACUACUACCAGUGUGAACUGAUGUAACAACAACAACAAAAAAGGAAUAUUGAAAGACAACCCCUCAACAGACUGUAUCUCAGGUUAAAUGCUAACUAAUUAUGUUUGAAUUGAGGGUUGUAAAGAGAUUCUUAAAAAUAUUUAUGUUUCUGAUCAUUGGUUUUAUAAAAUAUACCCAUUUGACCUAAAUAGAAAGAAAAGAAAAAAAGAAAACAAAAGUUGGUGGAUAAUAGUUUUUAAUGGCCAAAAUAGUUGUAAUCAUUGAUCAUUGCUACAAAUUUAAAUUUUUGUGUGUGUUUAAAAUAUGUGGCAAAGUGCAAUCCCUCAACCCUUAUGAUAAAUGUCGUUGAUUUUCAUACUCCUUCCCAAUGAACCUUUCGACUACCAUUUCCUACCCGUACAUUUAAAAAAAGAACUGGUUUUUUUAGUCAUUCGCCAGUAGAAAAAGAGGCAUAUUUUCAUUACUUGACAACGUGGGAUGGGUGCAAUGUAGUCCAUUGUCACUGAAACAGAAGAAGCAAUUCCAUUUUCGGUACCACGAGGUGUCUUUUUACACAGCUCAUUUGAAUACAGGUGUUCCAAGGCGGGGUUUUCUAUUUUUAAAUUACCAUAUCAAAAAUAAAUGUGCCUUAUUUUUUUAUAAGUCUUGUUAAACCUUUUGGUGUCCAUAUUACUGUGUGGGAAGGGGAGGGGGGUGGGGAGGCAGGGGCAAGGGUUGGGUGCUUUCUAUAACACGUAAAUUAUGUAACUUUUGCUCGAUAAUGCUGGCCACAUUCUGAUCGGUUUCAUUAAAUUUGUGGUGGUGUUACUCUAAACAUUUUGACUAUUUGAAUGUACUGAGAUGUCAGAAAACAAAACAAGGAAGAAAAAUAUUGUUAAUUAAAAUAUGCUGCUGCCAAGGAAACAGCGACUUGAAGCAAGGAUUUUGUAACACAUGAGAUCCAAAUCCUGUUUGCAUUUCACAGUAGUCAACCAUAUUAAAGAGAGAAGGCUUUAAAAGAGACUGUCUUAAAAUCCACUGCGUGUCGCUCAUCGUGCUGUGUUUUACUAAAGACUGUGUUCCAAACUUUGGUGUGUGGUGACCUCAGUGUGUUAUUCUAGCCCAUGUGCCAUCACAGGACUUUUCAGUUCAUUUGAAAUCAUUGUUUCUUUAAUAUAAUAAUAGUAUUUAAUGUCAGCAUAGAAAAGAACUCUCUGGAUAUGUACACUUUUGAAAAAUUCUCCUCAGUGUCUUAACCUGGUUUAGUAUUCUCUGACUUCAAACUUCCAUUUACCUCUUGUCAUUCCAAUACCCUUACAGAGAAAAGCAUUUAUUCUGAUAGUCCUCUGGAUUUUCACUCUAGACGCAGCUCCUACACUCACUGUUCGGUUCUGCUCAUGAACUCCUUUGCCUAUAAAUCAUCAAGGAAACAAUUCCAGAGUCGACAACAGUACUGCAAGGGUAUGAUUUCAUGCAAUAAGCAUGUGAUGUCCAUUCCCUUCCUCACUUGUGGGGGAAUAAGCAUCUGAAAUACAACAGAACACCUUUCCUUCUGUAGACCUCUGCGGACAUUGGCUAGGAUAGCCGGGAGCAAAUCCCAGGAACAGGAUCGGUAUUCUCGUUGUAUCUUAAGGGUAUAGCUUCCUGUGGGUGUUCACUGUGUUCGGUGGUUAAGUGACGGUACUUCAUCACUGCAGAAAUUCUGGCGGGAUGAAAUGAAAGCUGAUGCAAUAAAAAUGGGUCUGCUCUGUGCCAGUCGGGGCCCUGGCUCGGUGUGCGCUCCUGCCACCAGCCCUUUACUCACAGGUGAAGCAGAAAUUCUACGGAACCAGCAAGUUUCUGCUUUUUAACGUUAUUUUCAGACUACAGCAUCAGGGAAAUGAAGAGAGGGUUUUUUUUGCUUUGGGUUAUGGUCAAGAAUUAACUAAAUAAUUCAGUUUCUCUGGCACACAUGAACAGCCAGCCACACUUCCGUCGUGACCUCAGUGGUCUGUUUGGUUGGAUUUUAUUACACGGAUUGUCACAGAUGUUCAGUGGACCAAGGCGUUGCUUUACUGUUCUCUCCUCACUUCGUGAAAUUUUAAUUUUGUUUAUUAGGUGCAUUGUUCAAAUAUCAGUGUUCUUCUUUUCUAAAAAUAUUGAUUUUAAAUAAAAUGCUGUAAGAUGUUAUAAGACAUCGUAAUUAUCUCCCUGUGUCUUUGUACCUGUGAUGAAAUGUUUUCACGGUCCUUUGUCUGGAAGAAAAUGUUUACUUUCAUUUUGAUUAUUUUGCUCAUUGAAAUCAACAGGUUUUGAUAUUUUUCUCUUGGAAGAUUUUUAUAACUUUUUGGGAAUAUGUAAUAUAAGAUCUCUAAUAAAAUAUAAUCUUAUCCUGUG